AUGAACGACCAGAGUUCGCAGCCCAAUAAAACACGAGUCUCCUCGGCCACGACAACCACCGUUCACACUGAGCAGCCAUGGCAUGCCUCAUAUCCCGCACCGCGCUCCGAGGCAAAGUCUAUUACUCGCCAUGAACUGCUGCGGCUCCUGAAAUCUGAUGCUGCGAUGGAUCAUGACUUUGUCCUAGGCGGUACUAUUCAGGGUUCCAUCAAUCUGCCCGCGCAGAGCCUAUGGCCCACAAUCUCUUCUCAUUACAACAUUUGGAUCAAGGCAGGCGUACGAAGAGUCAUUUGGUAUUGCGGUUCUUCCCGCGGACGUGGUAGGCGUGCUGCUGGCUGGUUCGCGGACUAUCUCAACGAGCGGGGGGAAUCGAGAAUGCAGAGCCUGGUACUAAGCGAGGGCAUCAAAGCUUGGGCUGCUGAAAAGGGGGAGUUUGUGCGCUAUAUGCAGGAGUACGAUGAGUCAAAGUGGUCGUAG